AUAUAUUGAUAAUAUAAUUAAGCAGUAAAUACGAGUAUAUUCAUUAAAACCUUCUAAUAUUGUGACAGUAUUUUAAUAACGUAUCCAUAUUAUUUUAGUUUAUAAAUACAGAAAAUAUAUAUUUUUAUUAAUAUUAGUGAUUACUGUGCUCAUACUUAUGUACAAUGUGAAAGUAAAAAAUAAAGAAGAGGAAAUUUUAAUGUAUCCCAUGAAAGGUGAUUUAUAUUGUUAUUCGUCUUUAUCUCCUUCUCUGAAAGACAUUAUGGACAUGGAUAUAGAAGGAAGCAAUUCAAUAUUUUUUUUGGAAACUUCUUGUAAUUCACACAAACAAGGUAAAAUAAUAUUAAGUCCUCGGCAAGCUUGCGCAGUAGAAUCUGCAGCGAAAAUAAAUUCUGAAUACAACAUAUAUUUGAUCUAUGCGUCACCUAGUCAAAUUAGAAACGAAGGAACCGAAUCUGAUCGAGUAAUCAGUCGCCUGCUGUCUUAUAAAAAUGUUUACAUAGCUCAUGUUAACAUAUGGAGAAUUAUUAAGAGGUCACCAGUAGAAAAACUGUUUUUGAGUGGGAAGCUCGAAAACUCUACAUAUCCCAUUACACAUGCAAGUGACAUUAUAAGGUUUAUAAUAAUGUGGAAAUUUGGAGGAAUUUAUUUGGAUCUAGAUAUGAUAUUUCUUAAAAGUUUUAAUACUUUACCUAAAAAUUUUGGAGGUGCCCAAUCAAAAGAUAUCAUAAAUUCUGCCGUUAUGGGUUUUGAAAACAAGGGUGUAGGUUUAACUUAUGUUACAUCUUGUUUAAAUGAUUUAAAUAAUACAUUUAAAGGGACAGAAUGGGCUUAUAAUGGACCUGGUUUAAUAACUCGAUUUUCUCAAAAACAAUGUAAAACCAAAAACUUCGAAGUAUUAAAAGUUUGUGAGGAAUAUACAGUUCUUCCUCAAAAUACAUUUAAUGCUAUUCCUUGGAAUGAAUGGCAAAAAUAUUUUAACGAAACAUACAAUACAGAAGUUCAAACAAAAAUUAAAGAUAGUUAUGGUAUACAUGUUUGGAACAAAAAUAGCAAACAAUGGAAGCUUUCAUUGGAAUCGAAAGCGACAUAUAUGACGCUAGCCAAGGAAUUUUGUCCUAAUGUAAUUAAAGAAAUGCAUGAUUUUUUUUAGUCGUGUCUUUAAAAUGAUUAGAAAUGACUGUAUUUUCAGAUGAAAGAAAAUGUCAGUUCUGAAGUGACUCACAUUAGGCAUAGAUAUUUUUAAAAUUGUUAAAUAUUUAUAUUAAUAAAUUUAAUUAGUUGUAAAUCUAUAAGUAGCCUGUAAUUCUUCUCUAAUCAGAAAAUUCCUUAGAAAAAAAAAAUUAAAUUAAAACGAUAAUUACAAUAUUCAGUGUAUUAUUUUUUAAAAAGAAUUAUCAUUUUAUAGAUUAUAGAUAAAAUACGUUCUGAUAUCUUCUGUUUUCACACAUUAUACAAAAUAAUAGUCAUCAAUGUUAUUAUUAAAUUUACUAGUUAUUAGUUUACAGUAUAUUUUUU